AGGGCUGAGUGAAGUCGAUCCUGAUCUUCGUGAAGUCUUUGUCUUUGUCGCUGCUGCUACUGUUGUUGUUGUUGUUGUCGUUGUUGUAUAUAGACAAAUUAUAGACAGAUGCCCGCACACACGGUCUCGAUUGUUGGCGCAGGGCCGGUGGGGACUUUGGCAGCGCUGUAUUUCGCCAACGAAGGCUGGAAAGUGACGCUCUACGAACUUCGUAGUGACCCCCGACUACAGCAAAAAGGACCAACAGCAUCGACCGGGAAAUCAAUCAACCUCGCGCUCUCCCACCGCGGCAUCGAAGGUCUCCGCGGCGCGUCCGCCGAGCUCGCGGCGGAAAUCCUGAAGAACGUGGUCCCUGUCUACGGACGGAUGAUCCACGACCGGCACGGCAGGCAGACGUCGCAGGCGUACGACGUGCACGGGAUGCAUAUCAACGCUGUUGAUCGCGGGUGGUUGAAUGGCGUGCUGCUGGACGCGGCGGAGAGGUUGGAGAAUGUGGAGCUCAGGUUUGGGCAUCGGCUUGUGCACUGUGAUUUUGAUCGGCGGAUAUCAAAGUUCAGCACCGAAGACGGAGAGAUAGAGGUACAAUCAGACCUAGUCGUCGGCGCCGACGGCGCGCACUCGACAGUCCGUCGCCAGAUGAUGCGCGCCGAGCCCGUCGACUUUGAGCAGAAAUACAUCGACACGCUCUGGUGCGAAAUCUCAAUUCCCCCGAAACGAAUCACCUCCGCCGACGGCACGACCACGGAGACCUACGCGCUCGACCCGAACCACCUGCAUAUUUGGCCGUGCAAGACGUUCAUGCUGAUGUGUCUUGCCAACAUCGGGAGCGACAAGUCGUUCACGGGCACGCUGUUUAUGCCGCGCGUGAGCUUUGAUGAUGUCGUGUAUCCGAACGAUGUCGUGGAUUUGUUUAAUACGUUUUUUCCGGACGUCGUGCCGUUGGUGGGCGAGAAGGAGCUGUGUCGGCAGUUUUUUGAGAAUCCAAAGGGAACGCUUGUUAGUAUCAAGUGCUCGCCUUAUCAUUACCUUGAUAGAUGUAUAUUGAUCGGUGACGCAGCGCAUGCGAUGGUCCCCUUCUACGGGCAAGGCAUGAACUGCGGUUUUGAAGACGUGCAAGUCCUCUUCAAACACAUCAAAGAGACAAACUCGCUCACGACCGCCCUCGCAGACUACACCACCACCCGGCGCGCAGACCUUCUCGCAAUCUCAGACCUCGCGAUGGAAAACUACGUCGAAAUGCGCUCGUCCGUGUCCUCAAAGAUGUACCUCGCCCGCAAGUCCACCGAAGAAUUCCUCUACAAACGCUUCCCCCGCCUCCACGUCCGCACGCUCUACAACAUGGUCUCGUUCUCGAGCAUCCCCUACCACGUCGCCAUGCAGCGCUCGCUCUACCAAGGCCGUCUCUUCCGCGGCGCUGCUCUCGGCGCCGGCGCAGGCGUCCUCGGUCUCGCGGCCUACGGCCUCUUCCGCUUCCGCCGGGUGUGGCAGGGCACCACGUGAUGUUAUGUAAGCAAGUGGGCUGAUGUUUGUGGCGGUGCGGAAGUCUAAAUUGCAUAAACUUGUUAAUCUGCGCGCAAAUGAAAGCCUCAAAGAAGAAAUGCAGCGGUGUAUUUCAGAGAAUAUAAGAAGCAAAUAACAUAUGAGAAGAAUAGAAAGAACAAUAAACC